AUGCCUACCGAGGAGGAGGAGGAGGAGGAGGAGGAGGAAGAACCGGAGAAACAGGUGGAUCUCCGCCCUUCGCAAGAGAGACAGGAGACGCCAAAGGCAGAGGAGCAGCAGCCUGAUUUCGUCAAGAGACAAGCGACCAAGAUGGAGGAGUUGGACGAACAGCUUCGGGAGUACAUCGAGGAAUGGAGGAAGCAGAGGACGAGGGAAGAGGAUGAACUCAAGAGACUCAAGGAGAAGCAGGUCAAGAGGAGGGUGAUGCGAGCGGAAGAGGAGAAGAAGUUGGCGGAGAGGAAGAGGCAGGAGGAGAUCCGAAAACAGAAGGAGUAUGAAGACAAACGGCAGAAGGAAAUGUCCGAAAAGAAGAGGCGAUUGGAAGAAGCCGAGAAGAAGCGCCAAGCCAUGCUCAAGGCCCAACAAGAGAAGUCUCGCGGUCCCAACUUCACCAUCACCCGGGGAGCUUCAAAGACCAAAUUCGAUGACCCGAGGGCGGAGUUCAACAAACCAAAAGAGCAGCUGGAGGAGGAGAAAAAGAUCUCUUUGGGGAUUCGGAUCAAGCCGUUGGACAUCGAUGGUUUGAACCACGAACAUUUGAUGAAGAAAGCCCAGGAACUCUGGGAUGCCAUUAUCAAGCUAGAGACAGAGAAGUACGAUCUUGAAGAGAGACAAAAGAGACAGGACUACGACCUGAAAGAGUUGGGAGAGCGGCAGAAACAGUCGUUGAGAAACAAAGCGCUGAAGAGAGGGCUAGACCCGGAGGCUCUGACGGGCAAAUAUCCUCCCAAAGUUCGAGUUGCGAGCAAGUACGAACGCCAAGUGGACAGACGGACUUUUGGCGAUAAAAAGGAUCUAUUCACUGGCGGCUGGGACAAGGAACUAACAAAAGAGCAAGAAAAAGUCUGGAAGGAAAGACUUGAACAAUUUAUGGGCAGACCGAAGACCAGACUCCCGAAAUGGUUUGGUGAGCGACCUGGGAAGAAGAAGGAUGAGCCAGAGACACCAGAAGAGGAGUUGGUGAAGAAGGAAGACGAGGAGGAUCUGGAGUUGGUACCUCCCCCAUUCGAGGAUGAGCUCGAAGAAGAGAAGGAAGAAGCCGAGGAAGAGGAGGAAGAAGAAGCCGAGGAGGAAGAGGAGGAAGAGGAAGAGGAAUAAAGCAAAUACAUUUAUAACCCUCCCCACCCCUCACCCCACCCAUUUUGAUCCAUCCACCAACAUUGCAGUGCCAGAAAUCAAUGGACGAACAUUCGCUUCUCAGUCGUUUCCUGUCAAGGCUUGGAACAAGGAAAAAUACAUCUCCCUGCUUCUUCUCUUCACUUUCUAUCUCAUGCAAUUGUGCACUGCAAGACAGAGAUUCAUGAACCGGGGAUUGUGAUGUUCCUGUUUUUAUGGUCCGUGAGUGUGAAAGGGAGGCUAGCAGAAAGAGGGAGAUGAACCCAGCCCGAGUCAGCACGUCCCUCUCUUUCUUCUAUCCCUCUUUCUACUUUUCGUUGUCAUUUCGAGCGCAGGACAAUAUUUCAACAUCUUGGCGGCAUUCCCUGUCUUAACCCCCAUGCAGUUCCCCUUCCAUGUAUUUUUCAUUUUGAGCUUCCGUCUCCCUUUUUUUUUGUUUCUUCGCAGUUCUUGUCUUCUCUUCCCUCCGGGGCACCUAUGAAACAAUAAUGCAAGGCGAUGGUUGUUCUCUGCCUCAUAGCUAAGUCUUGAUAUUAAACCGAUGUUUUAUGUGGAUC